CGUAGUGACCGACCGACAACGACGACGACAACGACAUCGCGAUAUCUCGCUCUCCAUUUCGAAGGUAGACGAGAUCCGGUAUAAUCGUGCGGCAGAUCAUUGAGCAGGAUGUCGACCUUCGAUCCCGUCGUUGUGAUUGAUGGCAAGGGGCAUCUGCUUGGUCGGCUGGCCAGCACGGUCGCCAAGCAGCUCCUCAACGGCCAGAAGGUGGUUGUUGUGAGAUGCGAGGCCCUCAACAUCUCCGGGGAGUUCUUCCGUGUCAAGCUUAACUACUUGUCCUUCCUCCGCAAGAUGACCCGGUUCAACCCCACCCGUUCAGGUCCCUUCCACUUCCGCGCUCCCUCCCGUAUCUUCUGGAGGACCGUUCGUGGUAUGAUCCCCCACAAGACCGCCCGUGGUGCCGCCGCCAUGGAGCGCCUUAAGGUCUUCGAGGGUGUCCCUCCCCCCUACGACAAGAAGAAGCGGAUGGUCGUUCCCCAGGCCCUCCGUGUCCUCCGCCUCAAGCCCGGCCGCAAGUACUGCACCGUUGGCCGUUUGAGCCACGAGGUCGGCUGGAAGUACCGGGACGUUGUUGAGAGACUCGAGGAGAGAAGAAAGGUCAAGGGCGCUGCUUACUAUGCGCGCAAGAAGGCUGCCCGGAGACAGCUCGCUGACGCCAAGAAGAACGCCAAGGUUGACGACAAGACCAAGACUCAGCUCGCUGAGCUUGGCUACUAAAUGGGAGGAAACAAAGCGGCGAGGCUGAGAUAGCUGGCGACAAUGCUGAGGCAUGGCGCUAGGGGGAUG